AUGGACUCUUUCCUCUGGGAUGACUUUAGUCCUAUGAUACGGAACAGGGCCAUGGAGCAAAUCAUUACACCAAUGACUGUCCAGCUUUGUCAUCUGCUCAUCUCAGUGGAGAGGAAAGAUGUACAGAAUGAAGCACUUACCUCCUUGCAGAAGGUGGCAGAGGGACUGGCCAGUGCUAGUGAGGAGUUUGUGUAUGUUGCCAGCAGGCUGGCAGCUGACUCCGAGGAGGAGUGGUUUCGGGAGGAAAUGCAGACCAUGGCGGAGUCUCUAAGCCUCUCUGGGAGGAACAUGCUGAUGGUAACAGAGAAGAAGCUCCCCCUGCAGCCAGAGAGUCAGCAUCACUGGGAGGAGCUAGUGGCCACCGCUCAGCAGAUCCUGGUGGACACUACCAAGAUCUUGCUCCUCGAAGACGCAGCAAUGGUGAGGAAGACUGUGCCAGUGGCUGGUUGGUGUCUGACAUGCUUGGAGGCUCUGGAGGCGGCAGAGGACGCCACGUCGCUGCGCGCCUCACUCGCUGACCUGGCGGCUGCGCUGCUGCAACUGGGCGGCCUGACCACGCGCUGGGCCCAGGACGAACGCCUGGGUCGAGUUCGCCACCAACUAGGGUGCUGCAUCCCAGCGCUGCUCGCAGCCACCCGCGGCCACCUCCGGCACCCGUACGAUCCACAGCUGGUGGCCUCACGGCGCCGUGUCUAUGCUCUGACCAGGCAGAGCCUCAGAGAGCUCCUGGUUGUGCUGCAGCCCGGCGUCGCAGGGCACGGUGCGCGCUCUCAGAAUGGCGCAUUGGCGCAUCGUCUGCAGAAGCUGCGACAGGUCCUAGAGGAGCCCGGGCCGAGCCACCUGCGUGAUGGGCUGCUGGAUGCGCCACUGGCCGCCGUGGUGUGGCACUGCCUGCGCCUAGCCGCCUGCUCCACGCCUCGGGAGAGGAUGCACCUAGUGUCCCAUUGCCACCGGCUGCUGCAGCUCCACCCCGGGGUGCACCGGUCUCCCCAGCCCAUCUCAGGCGCAGAAUGCGAAGCUCUGCGGGCCGCGACUGAUGCGCUCUUUCAGGGAGUCCGAGCUGGGUUACUGCGCCAGAUUCUGGACACGUUCACAGAUACCCAAAGUCCUCUAGAGAGGCUGGUCCAGGCCGCCUUGACGACUUCCACUAUCAGGUCUGAGUGCAAAACCGAAGCCUUGGCAGAGACUCUCCGGCUUCUCCUUGAUGCUUUCCACAACCAAGCGAAGCAAAUGAUCCGAGUGGCACGCUUGGUUUGGGUCUGCUGUCCCCAACAGCAAACCGGCAGAGAUGUGGAGGCUGCCGUGGCAGGUCUUUGGGGGCUUGUGGUCAAAGCGAAGGAACUCUUUUCCCAAGGUCCCCAAACACGUGGCCUGGACUGGAGCCCUGCCACCCUGCAGGCACUGCUUGAGGCCUGGGCCAGGGAAUCCGAACACCUCUUGGCAUGCUUUGAUGUCGUUCUCGAUAUUCCUGAAUUCCUGAGUUUGUCCAUCCAGGAAAUGACUGAACACUUGAACCUGUACACAAGGGCUCUGAGGAGCGGAGCGUCCGGAGAGUUUUCCAGAUCUGUGACGUUCUUACGCGGAAGAGCCACACACAUAGUACAGGUGAUGAGCAGGUAUGUGGGUCAAGACCCAGAUCCCAUUUUCCGAAACGGGAUGAGAGUCGUGGUUCAGCAGCUGGCACAGUCUUCCUUGACGCUGGCUGCAGCCACUGAUGGCAGCACAGGUCGAGACAGCGCUCAGGACGCAGGUGCCUUUUUAACGAUGGCAAAACAUCUCAUCUAUUCAGCCCAGCAAGUCCAUGAGGGGCUGGAUGGGACCAACCACCCAGACAUCCUCAGCCCGCUUCGAUUCCAAGUCCAAAGGUUUGAUAUUGCCACGCGAUGGCCUUAUUUCAUUCUCCCCAGCCUCCAGCAACUCACAGCUCCCGCAAUGAAAUACCAGCAGCAGGCACCUGGGUUAGAGGACAGUGGCACAAACAGCUCUUUCCUACCAGCAGAACAACUUUCCUACACACUGGUCCCUGACCCCUGCAAACAGGGGUGGGGCUCCCCAUUCCUUGCUGUCAACAAAGUCAUCACUGCUAUGGAGAACCAGGAUCACCGGGUAGUGACCUCACCACGCACCAACUUGCCAGAGCGGGAGUCAUCUGUGAAUACAGCCCAAGAAAUCCAGGCUGAGGAAGAACCCCUGGGGCCAGAAAGGACAACAACAAAACCACAUGAAUUUUCAACAGUGGUACCUUUGAUUACUGACCUAGCCACGGAGGAAGUCCAUAGCACAAAUACUAGAAGUAGCAGGCUUCUGGGAGUGGCUUUUCAGCAAUCUGGGUGGACCAGGGAAGCCAGGCAGGCUCUGGUAGCCAGGGCUGGUGACUGGUACCGUCUGUGUCAACAACUAUUUUUCCAUAGCCUAACGGCUGAAUUACCAGGAAGCAUGGCAGCGUUUAUGGAGCUUCAGCAGAAUUUGGCCUCAAUGGUUCAACUAGCAGGCAAAAGUGGCCCGGUGAAGAGCCCUGACCCAAUGGAGCACCCAGGAGUGCUUUUAGAGCUGCAAAGCAGAUUGGAAAAAACAGAGACCCAUGCUCAACAGCUGUUGGACCAAGUUCUGUCCUCUGAUGGUCUCCAAGCCUCCACGCUGAGGGAAGAAGACAUUGGCAGUGGGUGCCUUCUAUGGGCAGCAGCUGUCCAGGACCUGAUGCAGUGCAUGGAGAGACUCAGCAGGAGACCAGGCCUGUUUCUACUGCCCCUGCAGCAAGCUGUGAAGAACCAGAAAGGUUUGCAGGAAGGGUUAGAUCAGGCAGCAGAUGUUUCUCAAAGGUUACAGGAGGCUGCUGAGCUGUCUAGCGUUCUGUGUGGGGAUGAGCAGGUGAAGGGUGAGGUCUCCUUUCUGUGUGGGGAAGUUCAUGUACUCACAGAUGCAUUGCUGGAGGUGGUACACAUCUUGGUCUCCUCCCCCAAGCCAUGUCCCAGUCUCUCCACACGCUUUGAGCUUCUCUGCUUGGAACUCAGCCUUCGAGCCAAGGCCCUGACAGACUACCUGAGUAGCAUCAAUGCUGUCUAUGAGCAUAUGUUCCAAGAUGCUGUCGGCAAGCGCUCCCAGACGAGGAUGCUGUCUGUCAUCCAAGCUGUGCAGGGAAUCAUAGCAGGAGGUCAAGAGUCUGGAUCCUUCCAGGAAGACCUUCUUGUGUCUCUAGAGAGCAUGCUCAUGCUCACUAAGGAGGUAGCCAAGAGGGUCCCUGUGCUCCAAGAACACCCAGAGGAGCUGGGGUUGCAUUUGCUGGACCGGCUUCGGUGGGAAUGGGCAGCCAAGGCCCACCAUGCAGUGACGCAGCUCCAGGCCUUGGAAGGCUGUCACACUGAGGCCUGGAGACUCCUGGUCCAAUGCCUGAAACCCAGGGAGGAGCCAGCCAAGGGCCUAGAAGAGGAUCCCGUCCAGCUCCAGCCAUACUGUAAAGAGGGUGCACCAGGAACCACUGAAGGGGGCAGUGGGAAUUCUCAGGAUGCUGUUCCCAAAGGCACCCCAGAAAAUUCAGUGGAGGAGACCUGUGCAGAUGAGCUUGCCACCACCGGGACCCCCACAGCAGACGUGAGCGUGCGCCAGAGUGGCAGCCCCUCUCUGCCUCCUGCUCAGAUGGACCAGACUGUUCCAGACCAUGGCAGUGCACACAGUGAGAACAGAAUCACCCAGCUCACACAAGAGAUGGCCAAGGAGGUGCUCCUGAUGGCUCAGAGCUUGAGGAAGAGAGGGCCAGGCCUGACCAAAGAUCAGCUCAUUGCCUCAGCCAGAAAAAUCUCAGCUUCCGGGAAAAACAUCACCAGACUCAUCGGCAUCAUUGCUAAGAACUGCAUAGAUCAGAGAUGCUCCCACGAGCUUCUGUGUAUGGUGGAGCAGAUUCAAACCAUGUGCAGCCAGCUCAGCAUCAUCUCCAGUGUAAAGGCCUCCCUAGCAAGAAGCAAGUCCUCUGAAGAGCUCCUUGUGGAAAAUGCACAGAGGCUCCUCCAGGCUGUCUCCAAGACUGUGAGGGCUGCGGAAGCUGCCUGUCUUCGGGGUUUGAGAUGGCUUUCUUCAGAUCCAGAGGAGCUGGAGGUUGCCGCCUUCUGCUCACAGUGGAAGAGAAAACUCCUACAACAUCGACUUCAAGAAGCCUCAAACAAAGACUGUGACGAGCUGGGCUUACGAAAAACAAGCACGGGGACCCUCCCCGAGCUGGCAGCCCUGGUUCAAGAAGCAUGAUAAAAGCUGAGGCAUAUUCUCCAAGGCAGCCUGUGUGGACCAGUCCUUUGGCAGCUUAGCAUGCCUCUUGGGUUGAAUCCCAGACACAGACAGGUAUGUGUGGCCAGGGCUUGUGCUUUACAGAGCUUCCCUGACAGCAUUCCUGGUUAAGAACUGAUGGCACUGAUGGAAAUUUAACGGGAUGCUCCUGUCUCUAUGUGAUACAAACAUAGGGAUUUUAACAAGAGCAGCGCAAACAGAAAAUGAAUGGCAUGUCCUUUGAAGAGAAUUAGGCCCUUUCCUGUCUGUUUGUCCUAUCCAUUCUUUCACCCUGUUCUGCUCACUCUGUUUUUUUAAACUUUAUCAAUUCACAGAUCAUAGCAUUCAUACAUCUAAAGUUUAUCUUUAAUGGUUUUUAAUGCUCACAGAUUUAUGCAAGCACCAACACAAUUAGUUUAGAAUAUUUUAGUAUUCCCUGAGAGAAUCCCUUUAGUGGUCUUCUCCUUUUGCCCUAGCCUAGUAGCUAAUCCGAGAAAUCCACGGAGUCUGCUUAAAGGGCAAAGGGACUUACUAAGAAAGGAAGGCUCACAAAACAGAACAGAGGAAUUGUCGCAGGGUCCUGGAAAAGGUGAGGCACAGUCCACGCUGCUCUUCUGCGCCUGAGACUGUCCCAGCAUCCAAGUCCCAAGAGGGAGCAAAGCGAGUGUGCCUCUCAGGUCUUAAGGGUAGCCAAGAGGCCACGCCCCCAGGGCAUGUACUUCACCGUCAUAGGCAGGUAGAGCAGUUACCUGCUAUGUCUUUAGGGCAGAUAUCCCUAGGGCUAUGUCAUAGAUCAGAUAUCGGCUAAUGGGAUUAACCAACAGAGUCUAUUUAAUGAGCAAGGGGAUUUAUUUGGGGGUUAACUCACAACCAUGACAGAUUUGUCAUAGGGUCUGGGAAAAUUGAACUGUGCCCCACGCUGAUCUGCCUGGUCCAAGAUCUCAGCAUCCAAAAAAAACGAGGUAGCCAAGAGAGAGUGCAUUAAUGCAUCCCAGGUCUUAAGGGUCCCCCAGCGGCCAGGCCCCAGGGGCAUGUACCUCAAGGUCAUAGGCAGGUGUAACAAUUACCUGCUACCUCACUGGGGCGGUGCUUAAGGGCAUAGCUCAAACAACCAUCCAGUACAAUCCGCUACAAGUAGCUGUUAUUACUUUCUGUAUUUUUUAUAGGGUUUCCUAAACUGGACACUUCCUACAAAUAGACUAAUAUAAGUGGUUCUUUGUGACUGGCUUACAUUGUUAGCAUUGAAAGUCCAUUUGUAUUGGUACUUCAUUUCUUCCUGCCAAAUAUUUCCCUUGUGUGGACAUGGCACACCUUACUUACGUGUUCACCAAUGGCUGGAUAUUGGGGCUCUUUCCAGUUUUAACUCUUCUGAAGAAAACUGGUAUUGAGCUUAUUGGAAUGGUGUUGUGGAUAAUCCUUUUGUAUUCUAUAUCUUUGUCACAUCUUUCAGUUUCUGUACAGUUUGUUUGUGCACCGAUUUCCCUCCCCCCAUUAUUAUGGCUAGUGGAUCAUUGGUUUUAUUAAACUUCUCAAACAACCA